AACGGGACUUGUUUUGGUUUACCGAACCGGCGGUCUGCGUCGAGGCUUUCUCCGAAGGACGCGGUGUAAACUCGGCAGAAAAGAAACCAUGCGCUCGAAAGAAAUAACCGGACGAGCACCGCGGGUUUUGCACGCAGGCGUUCGGUCCCGCUGCCGUGUUGUGUCGCGCUAAGCCGGGCUAGCGUUAGCUGUGCGCGGGGAGCGCUGCUCGCACGAUCGGGCUCGCUAGCUAACGCUAGCUAACGCUAGUUUGGCCAACCGAUCGUAAGUUGGUCGCUCUUGAAUCGCUUGUAAAGUCAUCGUGUGAGCGGGUCCCCGACCCCUCAAGCUCCAAGCGUUUGUCCAAACAUCAAAACACCUAGCCAGCUACUAACCGUCUACUGUCGUUCUGGCGUCAGUCAGCUGGCGAAUGUCAACACCGUCUUAACACCGCCCCCCCUUCCCCCCCCCGGUCCGGGCUGUGUCAUUGUUUGGCGCGUCUUUGCGCAGCACCUUUAACCGGUGUGUAGUAAAUCGCAGAGGCGGUGUCAGUGUCAUUUAGCUAGGUACGAGCGAUGAAGCCGGGACACCAGGAACCCGCUAUGGCUGACGACGGUGAGCCGAGUUUAACGGGGGGACACGCCGGCUCAUCUGGACACUGUGGUCGCCAAACCUACAGAAGUUCUGCCCACUUCCGGAGUCUGCUGGGCGGCCUGCUCGCCCUGAGGCAAAGCAGCGUCCUGUUCGAUGUGGUGCUCCAGGUGGAGGGUCGGCCCAUCCGAGCCCACCGCAUCCUUUUGGCAGCCUCCUGCGAUUACUUUAGGUCCCAGUUACAGGGGAUGUUUGCAGGAGGACUUCGGGAGGCCCAGCAGAUGGAGAUCCCAGUACAUGGGGUGACCUACUUGGCAAUGACAAAACUACUUGACUUCAUCUACACCUCAGAGAUCGAGUUAGACUUGGACAAUGUGCAGGAGGUUUUGGUUGCUGCCACUCUGGUACAGCUUGAGGAUGUUAUUAACUACUGCUGUGAAUUCCUAUUCGCCUGGAUGGAUGACAGCAACAUCUUAGAAGUGCAUAAGCUGGCUGACCUUUAUGGGUUGCAGCAGCUUGAGGCCAAGGUUCACUCCUAUGUCCUUAGAAAUAUCCAGUCUUUCUCUAGAACUGAGGUGUUUCGUCAGCUCCCUCCAGACCAAGUGUUCAGAGUGCUGUGCAGUGACGAGCUAGAGGUGAACAGUGAAAAUGAGGUAUAUGAGGCAGCUCUUCACUACCACUACAGCCCUGAGCAGGUGGAGACAGACCAGGUCUGCUUGCAGGACAAUCUGAAGAUGCUUGAGGCUGUGCGUUUCUGCCUGAUAGAGAAACGGGUGUUACAAAGGCUACAUGGAAGGCUGAAUCCUUGCCCUCUGAAAGAGGCUGUUGCAGCUGCGUUGCGCUACCAUGAACAAGAGAUCUGGCAGCCUGUCCUCCAGGGUCCCCUCACCCAACCCCGGUCCAGCUUCCACUGCAUCUUGGGCUUUGGUGGGAUGUUCACCUCUGGCUCCCUCACAAAUGGCGAAGACUUGUUCAAGGUGUUCCACCCAAGCUGGGGGGAAUGGAGGACUCUCACUGGCGCUCAGGCCCCUCGAAUGUCUAACCAGGGUAUCGCCGUGCUCAACAACUUUGUCUAUCUCAUUGGGGGGGAUAAAAACACCAUUGGGUGUCGUGCAGAAACCUGCUGCUGGAGAUACGACCCCCGUCACAACAGUUGGUGUUCAAUCAAGCCUCUGCAGCAGCAGCAUGCCGACCACUGUGUGUGUGUGGUGGAUGGCCAUAUCUAUGCAAUUGGAGGACGGGACUACAGCUGUGAACUGGACUCAGUUGAACGCUAUGAUCCACACACCAACACCUGGGAAUACGUGGCUCCCCUCAGGAGAGAGGUUUACGCCCAUGCAGGGGCUGUGCUAGAUGGGAAGAUCUAUAUCACCUGUGGGCGCCGGGGGAUGACAUACCUGAGAGAGACCUACUGUUUUGACCCUGCUGCCAACCAGUGGACACCGUGUGCCGAGGGUCCCGUGGAGCGGGCGUGGCAUGGCAUGGCUUCUGUUAAUGGACACGUCUAUGUCAUUGGCGGAAGCAAUGAUGAGCUUCGAUAUCGUCACGAUGUCCUAAAGGUGGCGUGCUUCAAUCCUGCGCUUAACUCCUGGUCUCUGGUAACCCCUCUCCCCGCUGGACACGGAGAACCGGGCAUGGCAGUGUUAGACAACUGCAUCUACGUUCUGGGAGGGCGCUCUCAUGAUAAAGGCAACCGAAUGAAAUAUGUCCACGUGUACAACACCGAUACAGAUGAGUGGGAGGUUGGGACAGCGUUUAAAGACCGCGUAUCCGGCUUGGCGGCGUGCGUGGUACCUCUGCCUCUGUCGGUCAUUUGCCAGGCCAAGAGCUGGACGCAGUACAACAAGGCCUCAGGGGACGAGGACGACAUGGACAACUCCGAGUACGCCAGUGAGGACUGAUCUCGCGUGUUCUCCGUUCGGAGGCAGCAGAAGUUGAACUGAACCCAUGGAGACGGUCAAGCACUUUGUUCUCUAGCAUGUACAAGAUGUAGAUGAACACCGGGGAUGAUCCCCUCAGCUUUUUAUCACGGUGGGUUUGUCAGAAUUGUUAACUUAAAUGCAUGUUGGCCACUUUGAGUGACUGAAGCAAAGUAUUGAUCAGGGCUUUUUAGACACUCAUUGUUCACAUAGGCUUGCAUGUAAAAUGCGUACUUGGCUUAUAAGGUAAUGAUCCUUCAUUUUGGUUGGUCACUGGAGAUGCUCCUGCGUUGUCAAAGAAGGAACCUUUUGAAUGUUGUAGACAAACAGCGAACAUUACUGGCUAUGCAGUAUCGUGGUAAGUAGCCUUGGCUGACCAUGGCUACCUUUUAAAACAAAUUCACCUUUUGGAAUACGACUCUUCGUAAAAAAAACUGGUCUAGGAUUGGUCAUUUUAUAACCUGGCAGCCACGAUCUGGAGGUUACGAUCUACAAGGGCCGUCAAGGCAUUCGGGAGCUCAUUAACUGAAUUGUCAAACUGUGAACCGCAAUAAUAAUGUGUUGACUUUUUUUGUUUUUUAUAACAUUUUUGUUUCACAAGCCCUACCCGACAACCGCUCAUUAUUGCCAAACUGCAGGGGCAGUAUUCAGUCACCCUGUAAAGAUUUAAUUAUCAUUUAGUCGUAAUAAACAUCAGCGUUGUGCCUUAGUUUAUCGGUUGUGCUCUUGGUUUCUUGUGAUUUUUUUGUUGUUGUUUUGAUUUGUUCGCGCUGCUUAUAUUAGCAAAAUAUAUUGUCAGAUCUUUUAAGAUGAUUUAAAUGAAAGUGAUAAUUGUCAGUAACAGAAAGGUGAGGCGUGCAGCGGUGGUACGGGUUGCACAACUCGCCUCAUAUUAUGUUGCCGUGUAAAAACCCAGUCCG